AAGUCAUUUCCUGGUCUAGAGGAAACAGAAACAAUGGCUGCCAAGAGUGUUUUCUCAGAGAUCAUAGAAAAAGGCAGGAAAAAGUUACUUGAAAUCCUCCAACAAGAGCCUGAUUCCAUCUUAGACACAUUAACCUCUCGGAGGCUGAUUUCUGAGGAAGAGUAUGAGACGCUGGAAGAUAUUACAGAUCCCUUGAAGAAAAGUCGGAAGCUGUUAAUUUUGGUGCAGAAAAAGGGAGAGGUGAGCUGUCAGCAUUUUCUCAAGUGUUUGUUUAGCGCUUUUCCAGAGUCAGCUAACAUUAGGGGCUUAAGGCACGAAUAUUUACAACAUAAUACAGAACCUCCUCAAUCUAUGAAGGUAAUCAAGAAUUCAGAUGUUUCUUUUCUUGGAGAGAAACAGCCUGAGAAUCCUGAGAUCAUAGUUCCCGUCAGAGAGAAAGAACACUGGGAUUUGGAAACCUCUGAGUCUUUCAGUGACAACAAAACUAGUUAUAGGGAAACCGCUUGGUCCUCAAGGGAAAAUGGGAAGGAAUACAACACACCAAAAGUCACAUUGCCAUAUUCUGUCGAGAAUGAUGAAUAUGAAUUUCCAGCGACUAUUGAGUGUUUACAGGACGGACAGAGGUAUGAGGAGCCAGAUGAUUCUUUAUACCUAGGAGAAGAGGAAUAUCUAGAAUCUGUUGGAUACCCUGAAGAUGCAGAAAUCACUGUGGAAGAGGAGGAUUAUGAUGACCCAGAGUACACCGUCUAUGGUGGCGAAGAGGACUCUGCAUGUUCAGAAACCACGGAGUUCUCCGAUGAAGAACAGGGUUAUGAGGAUUCAGAAACCGGCAUGUCAUUGGAGAAGGAAGAGGAGAAAAGUAUGGAAGAAAGAAGAAAGGUGUUUAAAGAUGUCCUGUUGUGUUUGAACAUGGAUAGAAGCAGAAAGCUUCUGCCAGAUUUUGUUAAACAAUUCUCGUUAGAUCGAGGGUGUAGGUGGACACCUAAGACUCCAGCAGACUUAGCCUGGAAUUUCCUGAUGAAAGUUCAAGCAAUGGAUGUGACAGCCAGAGAUUCAGUCCUCGGACAUAAGGUUCUGGGUGAGGAUAGCAAAGGGGAAUUGCUGACUGGAGUAGAGAAUUUGGAAAUUAGAGACUUACAAACCAUUAAUCCCCUUGAUGUCCUUUGUGCCUCUAUGCUGUGUUCAGACAUCUCCUUGCAACGCGAAGUCAUGUCAAGCAUGUAUCAAUGCCGGUUUGCUCUUCCCUUGCUACUGCCAGAUGUAGAAAACAGCAAAAGCAUUUUAAUGCUGGGGGCCAUGAAGGACAUUGUGAAGGAGCAGUCACCACAGUCUUCAGGAGGGCCUACGGGGGAUGCAGAAAAGUUUCUGACUCUCACGAAGAUGCCUGUCAUCUCUUUUGUGCGUCUAGGAUCCUGUAGCUUCUCCAAGUCCAGAAUCCUCAACACACUGUUCAGCCCUGCCCAACUGAAGUCACACAAAAUCUUUGUUCAAAAGGAUUUGCCUGUUCUGGUGCUUCCCCGGCAAAUCUCUGAUGGCCUGGUUGAGAUAACAUGGUGUUUUCCUGAUAGCAACAGCCUAAAGGAAAACCCUAGUUUUUUCCAAAAGCCUGUUGCUGUGGCCAACCUUCGUGGAGAUCUACAAAGUUUUUGGACACAGUUUGGUUUCUUGAUGGAAAUUUCCUCAGCUAUGUUUUUUUUCACUGAUUGCCUAGGUGAGAAGGAAUGGGACCUGCUAACAUUUUUAGGAGAAGCUGCCAUUGCAAAAUGCUACUUUGUCCUCAGUCCCCGGGCCAGGGAGAGUGAAGAGGCUCAGAUUUUCCAGAAGAUCCUGCAGUUGAAGUCAUCACAGCUACUGUUUUGGGAGGAGGAGGAAGCGGGGGAGAGACAGAACGUGGAGGCCCUUCAAGGUGCCCUCCAGGAAGUGAUGUCGUCUUCACUCAGAUAUGUGUCUGUGGAGGACAUGGCCUCCUUGGCCAGGGAGUUGGGGAUCCAGGUAGACCAAGACUUUGAGAACGCUCAAGGAAGUCAAGUUUUCCAUGGUGAAAACUUGGCUGCAACAGCUGAAGAUGAGGGACAGCAAAGGUACGGUCAGCCAAAAAGCUCAUCUGAACACCCAGCUGAGAUGCCUAUAAGAGAGCCUGGGGCUAGAUGUGAGGUCAGCCAGAAUCUUCAACUCACCCCAGUAUUUGUACCUCAUCUGGCAAACUACUUUCCUUUACCAAGCAGAAUCAGAGGUAAUUUUAACCAUGUUUCUUUGAAAGCCCCCUGGGUUAUGGGCUCCCACUUUGGGUCAGAGCAGAAGUCUAAGGGGUUCCCUCCUUCACCCUUUCAGAAUACAAGGGCCUAUAGUCAAGGUAAAAAUUUUGGGAUUCGAUACUUACCACCCCAGAGAUUUUAUUCACAUGAGAGGUUCAUGAAAUUUCCAAGAACUGCUCAGGGAUGUCACAUUGAUGGAACAAUUGGGAGACCACCAAGACCCAUUUCUCAGCAAGUACAGGCCUGGCCUGAGAGACCACAGACAAUGAGAGAUCUUAAAGGGUUUAGGGCAGUGGUCUCCCAGGUAGGUCACCUCCAUUCCCUGGGUUCACAGCCAGCAGGAACAGUUGGGAAGCCACAGCCUCGACAAGCCAGCGCGUGGGGAACACAGCUAACUGAAGCAAUUGGAAAACUUCUGAGAACAACAUCCCAUAUUGAAGAUCCUCACCCUCAAGGGUUUCAACCAGCAGAAGCCAUACAAAACCCCAUAAGACCUGCCUCUCAGCAAGGAGCCAAAAUAAAGACGCAAAGUGAGCCUUCAAAUCCAGCUUUCCAAACAAGAUCCCAUCUCAUGUCCAACAGCAAAUAUUUACCCCGCCCUCAGUUCAAAUCCAAUCAGCCCAAGCCAUCCCAGGUCAAGCACUCCCAGCCCAAACCCUCCCAAUCUGUGCCCUCUCAACCCAAACCCACUCAAACAAAACCCACUCAGCCCCAGCCCCCCCAAGCUAAACCCUCUCAAAAACCCACUCAACCCAAGCCAUACCAGCCCCGGUCCUCCCAAUCUAAGCCUUCUCAGCCAAGACCCACUCAACUCAAGUCAUCUCAGACCAAUCCUUCACAGGCUAAGGCAUACCACCCAAGAGCAGGGCCCAAGAGGACAGGGAAGCAUUAAAGUGCUUACUCCAGAGACCUAUGAAAUAUAUCCUUUACCCAGGCCAUUCCU